UUUUCUCGCUGCACAACCAACUUGUCACCAAAGAUGGCGAUUUGCUGAGUGCUCAUGGAUACACACAUUUCUCUGCUAGUUGCUAUCUUCACAGAAACUCCAACUUUGAAAACAGAUUAAGUGCUUUAACGAGCAAUUAUUUUUCCAUUUGAACCACACCUGGCACCGCGUCAGCCACCGCUACCAUGCAGAUCACGCUAAAAACACUGCAGCAGCAGACUAUUCAAAUUGAGAUAGAUCCCGAAAAAACGGUGAAAGCCUUGAAAGAGAAGAUAGAAGCAGAAAGAGGGAAAGACAACUUUCCUGUAUCAGGGCAGAAGCUUAUAUACGCUGGAAAAAUCCUGCAAGAUGACACGCCUAUUAAGGAAUAUAAAAUUGAUGAAAAGAGUUUUGUUGUAGUGAUGGUGUCAAAGGCAAAGCCAGCAGCUGCUGCCUCGCCUCCAGUCUCAGAAUCACCCAAGCCCCCUGUACAGGACUCUGGCUCCACGUCAACAGCUGCCCCAGCCACAACCCCAGCUUCAGCCCCCACCCCGACUCCAGCAGCUGUCCCCAUUCCGCCUGAGGAGGCCAAAGAGGAGCCAAGUGCCGUAGCCACAGAACAACAACAACAACAGCCAGCCAGCUUCAGCAGUGGGAGUCAAGGCCUGGAUGCCUCCUCAGCACUUGUGACGGGAGCCGAUUAUGAGGCCAUGCUGACAGAGAUCAUGUGUAUGGGCUAUGAAAGAGAGAGAGUGGUGGCUGCGCUAAGGGCCAGUUUCAACAACCCCCACAGAGCGGUGGAGUACCUUCUUAAUGGUAUUCCCAGCAGCCCAGUCCAAGAGAGUAAUCCACCGGUGCAGGCCCCCACAUCUGGACCCGCAGAAGCCCCAUCUCUAGCAGAGGCAGGAGAGAACCCACUUGCAUUCCUGAGAACCCAGCCUCAGUUUCUGGACAUGAGACAGGCCAUCCAGCAGAACCCUGCCCUGCUGCCAGCUCUGCUUCAGCAGCUCGGCCGGGAGAAUCCUCAGCUUCUACAGCAAAUCAGUCAACAUCAGGAGCUGUUCAUCCAGAUGUUGAAUGAGCCGGUGGGAGAAGGAGUAGAUGCGCCAGAGGUUGGAGAGAUGGGGGCAGCAGGAGAUGAGGGCGCACCUGUCAACUACAUCCAGGUUACACCUCAGGAGAAGGAAGCCAUCGAAAGGUUAAAAGCGUUGGGUUUUCCUGAGGCUCUGGUGAUUCAGGCCUACUUUGCCUGCGAGAAGAACGAGAACCUGGCAGCAAACUUUCUCCUCAACCAGGGACAGGACGAUGACUGAGCAGCAGAGAUCACUGCCCUCCUGCUCCUCCCUCCUACACCUCCCCUCUUCAGCUCAGCAUAAAGACUGCACCCCUGAUUACUGUACAGCCACCAACCUCAGCUCUGCCCAACAGGAGGGGAGGAGAGGGGAGAGCCAGCAGGGGGGG